AUGACGCCGAGGCGAGGGUUUUCCUUCGCCAAGAACAGAGGCAAGGACUCGGGAUUCCCCGUUCUCGGUUUCGUUCUCCUCUGCGUUCUUACGCCGGUGGUUUUCUUCCUCGCUCGGGGACUCUACGCUGUGGAAAACCAUGUUGUAAAGAGUGUAGAAGCAACAACUGGUAGGUUUAAAUGCUUAACCAGCGAUCUUGUGAAUGGAAUUGGGUUGCCACGCGUUUGGAUAGGAUUUCUGAAAGUGUAG